GAAAAAUUAUAGGGAACGGACAAGAGCUCAAGGGGACACCUGGAAAAGAGAUAUUAUAAUUUUAAAAAUUUCCAACGGGCUAAUUAUAGUUGUGUUUUACUGGCAGAGCGCUUUGUCUAUGUUAGCUCUUUUAAUCCCGCUAAUAAUUCUGUGAGGUUGGUACUAUAAGUUCCAUUUUUCAGACAAGGAGACUCAAUAGAUGAUAAUGGACACAUUCUCUGCUUGCUCCGAGCUGCAUCUCAACACCUGGCUCUGGAGCAAGCAAAGGGAGACUGAAGGAAACAGAGCAGAGCAGGGCAAGGCAAGCCGACUGAAAGUGAAAAAUACAGGAAAUGUUUCCCAUCUAGGCAGAAGCUGGUUCCAGCAUUCAAAUCUCUCUAGCCGGCCCGCCACCACGUCACAAAGCCCGCCUCUCAGUGACAAAGCCCCGCCCUGUUCCUUUGGCCGUUCUCUGAGCUCCCCAUACUUCCCUCCUUCCCUUUGGCCCCUCCUACCCCGCCUAGAAUCAUUUCCUGUGCGCUGGAUGCUGAUUGGUCCGACGUUCGGAAGUGAGGGCGGGCGGUGGGGGCCGUUGCCGCAGUGACAGUGCUAGGGGUGUCCGAAGAUGGCGGCGUCGCGUCGCUCUCAGCAUCAUCACCACCAUCAUCAACAACAGCUCCAGCCCGCCCCAGGGGCUUCAGCGCCGCCGCCGCCACCUCCUCCCCCACUCAGCCCUGGCUUGGCCCCGGGGACCACCCCAGCCUCUCCCACGGCCAGCGGCCUGGCCCCCUUCGCCUCCCCGCGGCACGGCCUAGCGCUGCCGGAGGGGGAUGGCAGUCGGGAUCCGCCCGACAGGCCCCGAUCCCCGGACCCGGUUGACGGUACCAGCUGCUGCAGUACCACCAGCACAAUCUGUACCGUCGCCGCCGCUCCCGUGGUCACAGCGGUUUCUACUUCAUCUGCCGUUGGGGUCGCUCCCAACCCAGCCGGCAGUGGCAGUAACAAUUCACCGUCGUCCUCUUCUUCCCCGACUUCUUCCUCAUCUUCCUCUCCAUCCUCCCCUGGAUCGAGCUUGGCGGAGAGCCCCGAGGCGGCUGGAGUUAGCAGCACAGCACCACUGGGGCCUGGGGCAGCAGGACCUGGGACAGGGGUCCCAGCAGUGAGCGGGGCCCUACGGGAACUGCUGGAGGCCUGUCGCAAUGGGGACGUGUCCCGGGUAAAGAGGCUGGUGGACGCGGCAAACGUGAAUGCAAAGGACAUGGCAGGCCGGAAGUCUUCUCCCCUGCACUUCGCUGCAGGUUUUGGAAGGAAGGAUGUUGUAGAACACUUACUACAGAUGGGUGCUAAUGUCCACGCUCGUGAUGAUGGAGGUCUCAUCCCGCUUCAUAAUGCCUGUUCUUUUGGCCAUGCUGAGGUUGUGAGUCUGUUAUUGUGCCAAGGAGCUGAUCCAAAUGCCAGAGAUAACUGGAACUAUACACCUCUGCAUGAAGCUGCUAUUAAAGGGAAAAUCGAUGUGUGCAUUGUGCUGCUGCAGCACGGAGCUGAUCCAAACAUUCGGAACACUGAUGGGAAAUCAGCCCUGGACCUGGCAGAUCCUUCAGCAAAAGCUGUCCUUACAGGUGAAUACAAGAAAGACGAACUCCUAGAAGCUGCUAGGAGUGGUAAUGAAGAAAAACUAAUGGCUUUACUGACUCCUCUAAAUGUGAAUUGCCAUGCAAGUGAUGGGCGAAAGUCAACUCCUUUACAUCUAGCAGCAGGCUACAACAGAGUUCGAAUAGUUCAGCUUCUUCUUCAGCAUGGUGCUGAUGUUCAUGCAAAAGACAAAGGUGGACUUGUGCCUCUUCAUAAUGCAUGUUCAUAUGGACAUUAUGAAGUCACAGAACUGCUACUAAAGCACGGAGCUUGUGUUAAUGCCAUGGAUCUCUGGCAGUUUACUCCACUGCACGAGGCUGCUUCCAAGAACCGUGUAGAAGUCUGCUCUUUGUUACUUAGCCAUGGCGCUGAUCCUACGUUAGUCAACUGCCAUGGCAAAAGUGCUGUGGAUAUGGCUCCAACUCCGGAGCUUAGGGAAAGAUUGACUUAUGAAUUUAAAGGUCAUUCUUUACUACAAGCAGCCAGAGAAGCAGACUUAGCUAAAGUUAAAAAAACACUUGCUCUGGAAAUCAUUAAUUUCAAACAACCACAGUCUCAUGAAACAGCACUGCACUGUGCUGUGGCCUCUCUGCAUCCCAAACGUAAACAAGUGACAGAAUUGUUACUUAGAAAAGGAGCAAAUGUUAAUGAAAAAAAUAAAGAUUUCAUGACUCCCCUGCAUGUUGCAGCAGAAAGAGCCCAUAAUGAUGUCAUGGAAGUUCUGCAUAAGCAUGGCGCCAAGAUGAAUGCACUGGACACCCUUGGUCAGACUGCUUUGCAUAGAGCCGCCCUGGCAGGCCACCUGCAGACCUGCCGCCUCCUGCUGAGUUACGGCUCUGACCCCUCCAUCAUCUCCUUACAAGGCUUCACGGCAGCACAGAUGGGCAAUGAAGCAGUGCAGCAGAUUCUGAGUGAGAGUACACCUAUACGUACUUCUGAUGUUGACUAUCGACUCUUAGAGGCAUCUAAAGCUGGAGACUUGGAAACUGUGAAGCAACUUUGCAGCCCUCAAAAUGUGAAUUGUAGAGACUUAGAGGGCCGGCAUUCCACGCCCUUACACUUCGCGGCAGGCUACAACCGCGUGUCUGUUGUAGAGUACCUGCUACACCAUGGUGCCGACGUCCACGCCAAAGACAAGGGUGGCUUGGUGCCCCUUCAUAAUGCCUGUUCAUAUGGACACUAUGAGGUGGCUGAGCUUUUAGUAAGGCAUGGGGCUUCUGUCAAUGUGGCGGAUUUAUGGAAAUUUACCCCUCUCCAUGAAGCAGCAGCUAAAGGAAAGUAUGAAAUCUGCAAGCUCCUUUUAAAACAUGGAGCAGAUCCAACUAAAAAGAACAGAGAUGGAAAUACACCUUUGGAUUUGGUAAAGGAAGGAGACACAGAUAUUCAGGACUUACUGAGAGGGGAUGCUGCCUUGUUGGAUGCUGCCAAGAAGGGCUGCCUGGCAAGAGUGCAGAAGCUCUGUACCCCAGAGAAUAUCAACUGCAGAGACACCCAGGGCAGAAACUCAACCCCUCUGCACCUGGCAGCAGGCUACAAUAACCUGGAAGUAGCUGAGUAUCUUCUAGAGCAUGGAGCUGAUGUUAAUGCCCAGGACAAGGGUGGUUUAAUUCCUCUUCAUAAUGCGGCAUCUUAUGGGCAUGUUGACAUAGCGGCUUUAUUGAUUAAAUACAACACAUGUGUAAAUGCAACAGAUAAGUGGGCAUUUACUCCUCUCCAUGAAGCAGCCCAGAAGGGAAGGACGCAGCUGUGUGCCCUCCUCCUAGCGCAUGGUGCAGACCCCACCAUGAAGAACCAGGAAGGCCAGACACCUCUGGAUCUGGCAACAGCUGACGAUAUCAGAGCUUUGCUGAUAGAUGCCAUGCCCCCAGAGGCCUUACCUACCUGUUUUAAACCUCAGGCUACUGUAGUGAGUGCCUCUCUGAUCUCACCAGCAUCCACCCCCUCCUGCCUCUCUGCUGCCAGCAGCAUAGACAACCUCACUGGCCCUUUAGCAGAGUUGGCCGUAGGAGGAGCCUCCAAUGCAGGGGAUGGCGCCGCGGGAACAGAAAGGAAGGAAGGAGAAGUUGCUGGUCUUGACAUGAAUAUCAGCCAAUUUCUAAAAAGCCUUGGCCUUGAACACCUUCGGGAUAUCUUUGAAACAGAACAGAUUACACUAGAUGUGUUGGCUGAUAUGGGUCAUGAGGAGUUGAAAGAAAUAGGCAUCAAUGCAUAUGGGCACCGCCACAAAUUAAUCAAAGGAGUAGAAAGACUUUUAGGUGGACAACAAGGCACCAAUCCUUAUUUGACUUUUCACUGUGUUAAUCAGGGAACGAUUUUGCUGGAUCUUGCUCCAGAAGAUAAAGAAUAUCAGUCAGUGGAAGAAGAGAUGCAAAGUACAAUUCGAGAACAUAGAGAUGGUGGUAAUGCUGGCGGCAUCUUCAACAGAUACAAUGUCAUUCGAAUUCAAAAAGUUGUCAACAAGAAGUUGAGGGAACGGUUCUGCCACCGACAGAAGGAAGUGUCUGAGGAGAAUCACAACCAUCACAAUGAGCGCAUGUUGUUUCAUGGUUCUCCUUUCAUUAAUGCCAUUAUUCAUAAAGGGUUUGAUGAGCGACAUGCAUACAUAGGAGGAAUGUUUGGGGCCGGGAUUUAUUUUGCUGAAAACUCCUCAAAAAGCAACCAAUAUGUUUAUGGAAUUGGAGGAGGAACAGGCUGCCCUACACACAAGGACAGGUCAUGCUACAUAUGUCACAGACAAAUGCUCUUCUGUAGAGUGACCCUUGGGAAAUCCUUUCUGCAGUUUAGCACCAUGAAAAUGGCCCACGCGCCUCCGGGGCACCACUCAGUCAUUGGCAGACCGAGCGUCAAUGGGCUAGCGUAUGCUGAAUAUGUCAUCUACAGAGGAGAGCAGGUGGAUACUCUAAAGGCAUGACAUCUCUGCGGCAUUCCAGCCAAAAAUGCAUCAUGUAAGUCUAAUCAAAAUGAGGAAUGUUUUACUUUUUUUAAUGUUGAAAGAUUGUAUUCUUCAAAAAAGUUAAUAUUAUAAAAGACAGGCUGUGCUAACUUUCCAGAUUACAUGAGGCCCAAGAGACAUGAAAACUAAGUUAGCCUUCUGCGCCCAAACUGCAUCCAGUAUUGCAAGAGAAAGUACAUCAUUAGAUCAACUGACAGAAUUGGAAUAUGGACAUUAAAUAAAAGGAUUAUAUAAAUGUAAAAUUAUAAGGUUGAUUCUGUACUUACGUAAGGCAAUGUCUCUAUGCUUAGAAAAUAUAUGCUGGCAUAUUUAGGGAUGAAGGACCAUGAUGAUGUAUAUAACUUGUAAACAUUUUGGAGAAAAUGCGUGUGUGUGUGUGUGUGUGUGUGUAUGCAGGAGUGUGUAUAUGUGGGUGUGGGUAUAUCAAGUAUACAGAGAUGGGGAAGGGGCAAAUGAUAAAGCAAAUAAGAUAAAUAAAACCUGCCCAAAGGUAGAUCUGGGUAAGGUUAUGUAGCUUUUUUUGGUACCAUUUUAAUUUUUGCAACUUACUUCUAAGUUGGCAGCUGUUUCCAAAUAAAAAGUUUUUAAAAAGGAAGGAAUAAAUUUGUCAUGUUUUUCUGUUUAAAUCAUAAACCUUAAACUUCCAGAAAAGAAGCUUUUUUUUUUACUUUUAUUCAGUAAUUAUACUUCUAGAAAUUUGUAUUGGAAUAAUCAGUGAUAGUCACACACACACACUAUAUAUAUGAAUAUAUGGAUAGUCAUCACUGUCUUGAUUAUCAUAAUAAAAAAUUUAAACAAAAUUUAAACAAAAUUUCAGCAAAAGUAGAAUUGUUAAAUAAAUUUUAAUAUAUUCGUAUGUCUGGUAUUUUUUAACAUUUACAUAAUAUAUACCAAACAUAGAUUCACCCACAACAUAAGAAUAUGGUUAUCACCAAGUAUUAAUGAGUGAUUUAUUCACCCACAACAUAAGAAUAUGGUGAUAAUGAGUGGUUUCAGUUCUCUUUACCAUAUAUUUUAAAUAUAAGUUAUCUAUAGUGGUAAAUAUUUAUUUCAUAAUUGGGUACAAAGAAAUAAUAAGGAAUACUUAGAAGAUAAGUAAAAGUUUACUUUUCUGAAAUUUACUAAUUAACCAUCUCCCAGGUAAAAUUUGACUUGAUAAUUUAGUCAGAGUCUCUCAUGAAAUAAUGUUGGAGAGUGAUUAAUACAAAACUUAUUUGAAAGAAAAAAAUGCCUGAAUAAAGAAAUGCACUCAGCAUUUAUCUUAUUUCAGGGGAGGAUAAUUUCUCUUCCAUAUUCAGGUAUACUUGUACAGUGGAUCAUGUUAACUCUAGUGUCUGCUAAUUGAGUACUUUCUCAUGAGCAGUUUUUGCUGAUUUUAUAGGGAAGUUUUCCUUUGCUAACUUUUAUUUCAUUCUCCUUAGUCAUACUCUAAAUCAUCUUUCACUAUUAAUGUUUAACUUUCAAAAACACACAUGUUUUAUGUGUUUCUGAUUGAGGAUGGAUAUGAGUAGUAGUAUUUGUUAUUGGUGGGAUUGUUUCUUUCUUGAAGAUUGAAAAGAUAUAUUGAAGAUUAACUGAACUGUACUUGGAAAGAAAAAUGGCUCUGAUUAUAACAUAUGAUUGGACCUAAGAUGUCAGUGGUAUUUGUAUAUGUUGUACUUUAAACUUCGCAUUAGACAUGAAGGAGAGGUUUUCUCUGCUCAUUGGUUGCUCCAGAGAUUUCAGCUACUUUACUGAACUGAUGUGAACAAUGCAGAAUUACUUAACCUGGAGAAGAAAAGACUAUAGAACAGAAUGAUUUCCAAACAUACAGAAUCAUUCAAGAGAGCAUGACGGUCCCUUCCUCACCUCUAUGAGACAUAAACUGAGAGCAUUUGAAUUCAAAUUUUAGUGUUAGGGAUUUGGACUAAGAAGAAAAUUCAGAAAAUGAGUUAGCAGAAGUGGUUGUGUAUUUAAAAAAUAAGUAAAUAAAUACAUAAUGUACAUCCUAUGCUGGUAUAACCAGCAUGGAUUUAAAGUGACCUGACUGAAAAUGAUGGUUUUUGGUCCCUUAGGCCCUUCUGCUUCUGCAGUUUAGUAAUUCCCUUACCUUUAAUCCCUCUAGACUGUGAUUGAUUAAUUAGUAUCUUAAAGGGUACAGAGAAACAAUUCAGUAGCCUAAUCAUUAGGAACCGGGAGCAUUUAGAUAAGGACCUUUAAGUAACCCAUGCCAUUAGAAUCAUAGAAUGCGCCUAAGAUGGACGUGUGUCAGGGAUCCCCUUAAAUCAUGAGCUAUCUAAAUGCAGACACUGGCACUAUUGACUCCUUUGCUUCAACAGCUUUAACGCAAGUAAAAUGUCAUAGAAAGUAUUAUAGAUAUUAAACUUCACUCGGACAAAAGGAAGUAGGAGUGGGCGUCCACUCAUUUUUGACACUCAGCAUAUGCCAGCCGUGUUCUUUUUACAUUUAUCCUGUUUUUGUCUGUCUGCAUGGUAAGCUCCUUCACAGCAGGGUCCACAGCUCACACCAGAGUGUUCUUAUGUGGUAGAUGCUCAAUACAUGGAUGCUGGUGAUAAAUAGUUUUCUUGACCAUUAAACCACCUGGUCGAUUAAUUAGUAUUUUCAGUUUUUACCAGUAUUUGAGCUUUGCUAGAUUUUUUAUACCCAACUCUAGAAUUAGCAAUAGGCAUUUGACCUAGAUUGUUUUAGUAAACCACUUCAAAAAUUAAGUGUACGUCUUAAGAUAAAACUACAGAUAGUUUCUUUUGUGAGAAACUGUAAUAUUCUCCCAAAAAUAAAAGUACAGACUUGCUACUGAGACUUCAGAUUGGAAAGUCAGGAGAGAUUUUCAAUCUUCGUUUCUUCCCACUAAAUGUACUAAAAUAGAAACUGUUGUUGUUUUUAACUAAAAUCAGAGCCGACUGGAAUUAUGGAAAAGAAUAUUAUGAAUGGUUCCAUAUAUAUAUAUAUAUAUAUAGACAGAACUUAACAUAUUUAAGUUUUUUUGUUAUUUUUAAAGUCCUUGCUGAGACCUUUUAGGAGGGAGUACUCUCUAAUGAGUAAUACUAAUAAACAUAAUAACAAUAAUAGAUCCUUACUAUGCCAGACCUAUUCUAAGACUUUUGCAUUUAGUUCUCACAAAAAUCCUAAUAUUACUAUUCAGUUUUUACUUAUCGUUCUUUCCUUUUAUUAUCUUAUCCUGUAUCUAUAUGCAAGUAAUUUGUUGGUCAGCGUUGAACAAACUAUUUUUGGUCCCCAAAACACUUUGCUCACCCAAGAGUCUUCUUUUAGUCACAGACCACUCUGAACUACUGAGUCUAGUUUCAUUGUCACGUUAUAGUUACGGCUGAAGAAUUCCUAUGUAGUCUACUCACUAAGGGGCGUCCUACCUCUCCUUCCAAAUUGCUGCCUUCGUUGCAAUUUCUGGUUGAGGUUUUCAGCAGCUUCCUCUGAUGAGCCUUCUUUUUCCUGCUCCCACCAAGAAGUACUCUUCCCAUUCCAGACACAGCCUUGUGUUUUACUGAUUGCAAGAAAAAAGAGAAAGAGAAUAUGAAGGAGGCCAGUCUAAAUCGGAACCCUUCUUUUCCCUGUAAAUGAUGCCUUUGAGUAGUCAGUUUUUAAAAAUUGUUCCCCAACUGUUGUUUCUGGGUUAUUGGUGACUCAGUGCAUCUCACCCUUACUCCUUCUAGCUCAGUGGGUUACAUCAUCUUCUAUGAUCAAUUUGGACUGGAUUCAACAAAAUUUUUCUUUCAUUUAGCAAACUUUUAUUGAACACACGCUGUGUGACAGCACUAAUGCUCUGUGAGGUGAAAAAGAAAGAUAUUAGUGCUAUCUCGGGCCUUAGUUUCCCUGCUUAUGACACAUGGCUCUCUAAUAGGGAUGAAUGGAGUUUAAUUUACAGUAUUCAAAGUAGAAAUAACAUUCAGUUUUCUAGAUUGUAGGGUUUAUAGACAUUUAUUUACAGUUAAGUAAGUGAACCUCAGAUUGUUCGGGCGCCUAUUAAACUGAGUCUAUAUAGAAUAUUGGUCACGAUUAACAGCCUUUGAGGCUUCCACAUUCAGUAAGGCUUUAAUAUUGUGCCUACUAGAAGGGUGAUUUGUUUUUCUUCUUGUCCUUCCCAGGCAUACCCAGAGUAUCUCAUCACUUACCAGAUCAUGAAGCCAGAAGCCCCUUCCCAGACCGCAACAGCCGCAGAGCAGAAGACCUAGUGAAUGCCUGCUGGUGAAGGCCAGAUCAGAUUUCACCCUGGGACUGGAUUACAGAGGAUUGUUUCUAACAACAACAUCAAUAUUCUACAAGUCCCUGACAGCCUAGAAAUAAGCUGUUUGUCUUUUAUAAAGCAUUGCUAUAGUGAUGAAUAGUAUGAGUAACUGAUACAUACUCAACUGCUACUGUUCCCUUUGAGGAAAUGUUUACAGGGGCGGCCUUUUAACAUAUCUCAGGCUCAUUUUCACUGCAAUUAUCCAUUUCUAAAACAAGAUUGCUUCGAUCUAGAAUUGGAAAUGGAAAAUAAGAAAACCAAUGCUUUUUCAAAUGUUCACGAUUCACACACUACAUUUGUUUUGUUAUGCAUGACACGUGUAUAUAACAAAUAUACACAUAUGACAGGCGACAAGCUUGUUUUUGAUUUGCCAGACGUGCAUCAUUGGCUAUUGUUUGUUUGUUUUUUGGUUUUUGUGUUUUUUUUGGUUACUUUGAAAAUGAGCCAGAGCCUUCUUGAGGAUAUUUUGCACAAAGUCACGCUGACAAAAUCAUUCGCAGUGCAACCCAAGCUUCUGGCUGAGCAAGAUUCAGUUUCCACUUUUUAAAAUUUUUUUGCUCUGUAGCUGCACUUCUCAUUACCAUAAAUUGAGAUGAAAAGGAAAAAACAUCAAGUUUUAGUAUCCUUUUAUGAAUCGGCCUACCUUACAAGGAAGGGAAGGGCACAAACACCAACCUGACUUAGGAACUCCUAAAUUCAGAGAAGUCCAAGCCGGCGAAGGCCACUUGCUCUUUCCAACACAAGCCUGCCACAGAAGUCUUCGGGACAGUACUGGAGAUGCAGGUUGACACAGGCUUGAGUUCCAAGGUGAAAAAACUGGGGAGGCUGUGAAGGAAGAGCUGCAUUAAGGAGGGUGAGGAGCGUAUGGUUCUGUAUCAUUGCAGCCCCAAUGGAUCCAGGGGAUGCCUCCAAAAAAUAAAUGCUUCCCUUCCCUUAAUCUGUACUGUUGGGAUUGUUACCCUCCUCCAAAUUAGCUGCCUUAUUUCAAAAGUCAGUGAAAUUACUGUACUUCAUUAGGGUCACAAAAAUACCACUUUAUUGUUUCUGUAGUUGAGAAAGCUGGGAUUCAGACCCGAAUAGUGGAUAGAUACACACAAAUGCAAGGACUUUUUUGUUCACUCCAGAUUUGGGGUUUAUUUUGAGUGGCAUGCUUCAAAUAGUUCAUAAAGACCCUUGCAUUAAAUUUUUGAACCGUUUCUUCAAACUUCGUAGUGUAUUUAGACAAGGAGAACAAAAAUUGAAACCAAAGCCCUUUCCGUUAUUUUUUUAAAUGAAGGUGAGAAAGAAAUACCGUACAAUUUUCUUUGUGAAAUUACUGUUUAUUUUCAUCAACAUUUACCAAGUGCCAUUGACAUUUAUAAAAAAAUUAUCCCUUAUAGUUCUUACACUUGCCCUUUUCACCUUAACUGAAUAUGAAUUGAGUGCACUAACUUAUUUACUUGAUAUACUGUGCAUCUACUCUGCUUUGAAGCGAAAGAAAUAAAAACACGAGGAGGAAUAGGAAAGACAGUGUGACACAAACUUGCCAUUGCAAUUCAAAGCCCUGAAAACGAUGGGUUUAAUGCAAGGUGAUUAAGCUGUGACCUCCUUUAAUCUCCUGAAGCAAAAUAAAAUGGUUACAUGCAAAACUUCUAGAAAUAGACUCUUAAAAUAGACACAUUUUGCUUUGAUUUUGGCUUCAACCCAGUGCUGGAACUAGGCAUCCAGACUAGUUUGAAUGUUUGUAGCUGAAUUUUGCAUGGGUCCUCAAAAUUAAAUCAAGAAUUAGCCUCAGUUGUUGCUUCUUUUGAAGUUUCAGUGACCCAAGCUGGGUGUUUGUGUCUUGGCUACUUGUUUAAUAGCACUAGAUUUCCAUGUGAAGCUUUGAUGAGUUCAUAUUCAUUAAGAGGGCUUUUUUUCCCCUUCUUUCCAUCUCUUUUGCUGUAACAAAGGGUUGAAGAAAUUGCCGUCUGUGCAGUUUUCAGUAGCUGUCAAGUGUGUAUUACUUACCUUACCCCAGACGUAGUUUAAAAUGGUAAACACAGCUGUGAUUUUUAGUUAAGUAAAAGAGUUAAUAUGAUAUAGAUAUGGAAAGCUUUAUAGCUUCAUUAAAAAGAUAAACCACUACCUAACUGUGGUUGUAUGUUGUUUCCAUCGUACUAACUAGAUUAAUGGAUGCGCCAGUUUUCAUCUUGGUCCUUACACUUGAGAAGUUAAACUGUGGUUCAAUAUUUAAACUGCCAGUGUUAUAUGUCUCAUGUUCUGUGUGCCAAGUGAAGGUACUGUGUAAGGAAGACAUUUGCGGUGCUUCUUGUCUUAUAAUGAUUCAAGUAUAUAGUAGUUCUUGAAAGAGUGUGCAUAUAUUACGCAUCUGCUUAAGACAGUGGGUUAAUGGAUAUAUCACAGGAGCCAAAUACAUUUUUUUCAGAACUUGAAAACCAAAGGUCACGUGAGUACACUCAAAAGUUAGCGAAAGUUUAUUACAUUUCGGAUUUUCAUCUGUAGCCGUAUGAAGAACCCUUUCCAAUAUAAAAGCAUGGCAUUAAAUUAGGCUGAUGUCUUUCAUUUUUUGUGUAUGUACUAUAUAGAAAUACUAGCAAGUUAGGCUCAUCCAAUAUGGCCUACCCCGAAAUGGCCCCUCUGUUUCCCUAACCACAUGGAAGAAAGAAUCUGAACGUCUCCACCAGCUUUACGCGAGUUCCAAAACUAAAGGGCUUCUCCAGACCUGAUGGUUCCAGUUUACCUGCUGUUGGUCUACUGGAUGCUUAACUCAGGCAUAAAUUAAGUGCCCUGGUCCCGAAAUUUUCUCCUUGUAUUUGACCUCCUUCCCUGUAUUUGACCUCCUUCCCUCUUUCCUAAAUUACUAGUCUAGAAUUAAAAUUAGCUCCAACAAUGACCUUUGACUCCCUUCAUUUUCUCCUCAUCUUGGGUCUUAAAAAAGGAGACCAGAUACCUCUUAGUUUUUGUAUCACAACCAGGAAUGGGUAUUAGGCCUCAGGCGCUUUGCUCCGAACACUCUGCCGCUUUGUUAACAAAUGACAGCAUGUAACCCAGAGUUUUGAUUCUAUGCAAAAUAACAGCAGUGCAACCAGGAUUCUUGUUUUCCUUUUCCUUCUUGGAGUUUGGAAUUUCUAGCUUUUCAAGCAGCAUAAGUAGAAUCAACAUUAGGAUGUUUUCAUGAAAUAGCAUCCUUAUACUCCUUUGAGCUUGAUGUUAGUGGCUAGACUGAUUUCCCUUUGCUCUCAAAAUAGCAAAGUGCAUUGAAAUAUACAGAGAAAUGCCUGAAUAUGGCAAGCAAAUAAUGUAGAUUAACAUUCUAUUAUUGUAUCCAUUUUACAAAAAAUAAAAUUUUGAUUUAUGCUGGAGAACAGCAUUAGAAUGCAAUAAGUUGUCUAGGUUUUUCUGUUUCAGUGUCUCGCCCAAUCGCACGAAGGGUUAUUGGGCAUUGCCCCCACCCCCGCCUUUUUAACAUGUGCACUAUCUGGAUUCCUGUCUAUGGCCUUGCAAACAGAAGUGGUGUGUAUUUUCAAUCACCUUUCCCCCGUUGUAUCCGAAUCCCACUUGUGUGAUAUCUGUGACAAAUAGCCUUCUUCUUGUGUUUUCUGUUGGAUUAAUUAUCUCACGUAAAGCUAUAAAUCUUACUAAUUUGGCAGGUGUUCAAAACUGACAUUAGGAUAGGAUUUCAUGUCAGAAAUGUAUUUAAAGAGUAAAGUUAAAUUUGUUUAAUGUCAGAUCAGUGACAAAGAAGUGAAAAAGUAAUCGCAAAAGUGAUGUCUGAGCUAUUGUACACAUCUAGCAUAUGGAAAGGAAAUGCACUCGAAAAAUACUACUCUAAAACAUGAGGCUUCUUCAGCAAAGUGUGCAUUCUGCUAUUCAUAAAUUAAAUUUUUCUCCUCUACAAAGCCUUAACUAUGGCAGAAACUUUUUAACCUUUUAUAUUUUAAUAAAUAAAAUAUUAUAGUCCCAUUUCUUAGUGUUUGAAAGGUGUGUCAGUGAGUCGGCCAUGUCUCCAUGUGUUCCAGACCUGUUCAUCUUAUUUUAUGAUGGUAUAUUUCCUAAGGAAUAUUCCCUUACAUGCAAUGGAGCUGAUUAAAAUUAAUCCAUUUCAAUUUCUCCAUAUCGGAAAUUCCUAAGCUACCAGAUUUCUGGUUUGGAGAAGUGCUGGAAAGAUUUCAAAGCCUAUUCAAUUGUGUAUGUGGGGAUACGACAGCAACUGUGAUACCUUGUAGAAUAUGAGUGAUAUGCAAGCUGUGUUUGUUAAUUGUUUUAAAAUGUAAACUUUGGUUAUACUAAAGUGAAAACCUAGAGGAAGCUAAAGAUUUUAUAUACUUUGUAUGACCAAAUAUGGUGGUAGUAUGACCACUUUUAUACAUUGCCAGAGAGUUCUGCCUCCUCUGAAAUAACAUUUUCACUGGAGAUUGCAUUUCGGCUUUUCCUUCUUUCACAUUCUUUUUUGCUUUACACUUCACGUCGUCGCACCUGCCCUACCACCCAUCCUUUCAAAGAGGUUUCUCUCAUGUUCCAGAAUUCAGGUUGUUCUGUGAUUUCUUUUUCAUCAGUCUACCCAUUUCUGCAGGCAGCCCUGAAAGCCCUUGUGUUGAUUCAGAGUGUUUGCAGAGAAAUGCAGUUGAACCCUGGUAGUGGGGUGUCCCUCACACACCCGUGCACCCCUCCCAAAGUUCAGGAUGAAAGGCUAGAAAACCCAGUCAAAGUUGGGAAAGAACACAGAUCUUUGAGGCCAAAAGCCUAGACCUAGAAGAUGACCUUGAGUGUGUAAACACUGUCUCCAUGACACAAAACACUGAAACUCUUCCUGUGCGUAUAACACCUGCUUCUGCUCCCAUUGUUUCAAGUUCAUCUUAUCUUUGUAGUAGUAAUAUUUGUCUUUGAUACCUACAAACUAAAAAGGUACUUUUAUCAAGGUUUCUCAAAACAUUUACAAAACCAGCUUUGAGGAAAUGUAGAGUGUUGCCCGGCAACAGCACUCGGAGUAGUAAUUGUGUUUUCUCAUUGUGAUGUUAGUCUGUGUGAGUAACCAGUGGAGUGACUCUUUGGUUCAUUAUUGGUGUUGUUUUUAUUUUUAGUAUCUGUGUGACCCACCAGUGGCAGGGGUUCCAACCCCCUCUCCUUUCUUUUUUGCAUUUAUCUAUUUAUAGGAUUGUCAGAUCAAGUACAAGAUGCCCAGUUAAGUUUGCAUUUCAGAGAAACAAUUUCGCUUAAGAAUGUUUCAUGCAAUAUUUGGCAUAUAUUUACAGUAAAAGCAUUCAUUAUUUGUCUGAAAUUCAAAUUUAACUGAGCAUGCUGGUUUUUCUCAUUGUUUGGUUUUUCCAAAUCUGGCAAUCCUACAGAUUUGGUCAUGGGAAAUCACCUACAGCAUGUUAAAGUCCUCUAGUCGUCAUCGUCUUGUCACCUGAAAUGGAAGUCCUUUUUCCCUCACCCUCCACUUCUUUCCAAAGGAGGGCAUCAAGGAACUUAACCUGCCUGCCUGGUGGGUUUCUAUUUAAGACAUCUUUGUGAUUAUAUUUAACCUGCAAUUGUGCUUUGGCUUAACAUCUAGCUCACUGUACUUGUAAUUGAUUAAUAUUCAAUAAAACCAUUUUUAAAGUA